AAAAUAUUGCGACCAUUUCGCAAGAUGAAGAGAAGAAGCGAAACGAGAGGUUCAAGAGAAUGGAGCAGGAGGGUUAGGUGGAUCGUUUACGUCGUAAGUCGUUUAUGAUUCGACGUGGCGAAAUGCGAAAAUCUUAAUUCCGCGAUCUCGCUUGGACCUCGCUUGAAAGUUCUUCAUGAAUUGGAUUCACUCGGAUGAAACAGGCUGAAAAAAUAAUGGUCGAUGUAAAUGCAGAGAAUUACAAAUGAACAAUUAUCGAAUCAACGGAUCCUAACGAUCCUCGAUUGAGUGUUAAGUUUCUGGAAUUCUCGUUCGCGAUUGCACUCGCCAACACCCGAUUAUAUGUCAUAUUAUUUUGUGAUAACAAUACUACGUCAAUUGUGCCACCGUAUCGCGAUAAGGUCAGUUUAUCCUCGAUUAUCACGUGAGGUUAGACAGUUUCUCGGAUUCUAUGAAAUGUAGCACACGAUCUUUUCUAACAACUUCUGCACGAUUAAUCUGUAGAUAUGUUUAAUAUAUAAGACAUGAUGUAUUUUUACAUCGUGAUAUAAGAGAUAACAACACAUAAAUGCAUGUGUAUAAUAUACAUCAACUAAUAAAACAGCAUUAAACAUUAAAUAAUGGCAAGUGAAUCUUGGAAUGUGUUGGUAACGGGAGGCGCUGGUUAUAUUGGUUCUCAUACAGUAUUGGAAUUGGUACAAGCGGGCCUUCGGGUGGUGGUAAUAGACAACCUUAUCAAUGCACAUAAAGACUUAAAUUCUGAGAAACCAGAAUCUCUCCUCAGAGUGGAAAAAUUGACAAAUAAAAGUAUUAUAUAUAUUGAUUGUGACAUCACAAACAUCAAUGAUCUAAGAAGUGUAUUUCAAAAACAUACUUUUCAUUGCGUUAUACAUUUUGCUGCAUUGAAAGCAGUUGGUGAAUCAUGUCAGAAACCACUUGAGUACUAUAAAACUAAUGUCAGCGGCACGAUAAAUUUGCUAGAAGUUAUGCGGGAAAACAAUGUAAAACGUUUUAUUUAUUCAAGUAGUGCCACAGUUUAUGGUAUACCUGAGCAACUUCCUUUAGUAGAAGACAUGAAAACUGGUAACUGUACAAAUCCAUAUGGAAAGACAAAGUUCAUGGUGGAAGAAAUACUAAAGGAUUUGUGUACAUCAGAUAAGGAAUUUUCUGUUAUAUCUUUGAGAUAUUUUAAUCCUGUCGGCGCACAUCCCUCAGGUGAAAUUGGAGAAGAUCCCAACGGUAUUCCAAAUAAUUUAAUGCCUUAUAUUGCACAAGUUUCUGUUGGAAAAAGGGACACAUUAUACAUUUAUGGCAAUGAUUAUAAUACCCCUGACGGUACAGGUGUACGUGACUAUAUUCAUAUUAUGGAUCUGGCAAUUGGACAUAUGAAAGCUGUAAAGUAUCAAAAAACUCGUAAUCCAACGGGAUUUAAGCCGAUAAAUCUUGGUAGUGGAAAGGGCUAUUCUGUACUUCAAGUUAUACAUGCAUUUGAAAAAGCAUCCGCACAGAAAAUACCAUAUAAGAUAGUUGAACGUAGACCAGGUGAUGUCUCCACCAGUUACGCGGAUGCUAGUAUUGCUAAUAAGGAACUAGACUGGACUGCUACAAAAAAUUUGGAUGAUAUGUGCGCAGAUACAUGGAAAUGGCAACAAAAUAAUCCUAACGGUUAUAAACUUUAAUAAAUAUUAUGUCUAAAUAAUUAAGAGAAGCAUCUGGAGCUUCUAGUUUGCUAUUACAUUUUGUCUUCCGCAUAUCAUUGGCUAGAUAAUGAAGCCAUGGUGGUAUACAGUUACCAAAGUUUAGAC